AUGGAUUUGGAUACUGCGUAUAUUGAACCUUUACUUGAUGAUUGGUUAGAGGGACUUCAAACAGUAAUUAAAGCGCAAGAAAAUCUUGUCAAAGCAAAAGAUGAAUUUUACAUGCCAUUUGUAGCCAUACCAGUCCCAAUUGUUAAUGCAAUAUUUAAAGUAACAGAACACCUUGACUUAGGACCAGAUACUAGAUAUAUUGCCAUUCACUUGUAUGAUAAAUUUAUGUGUAACUAUUUUUGGGAAAUAUAUAAAAAUUCUGAUCAGACAGAAAAUACUUGGUCUCAAAUUUGUAAAAAGAUAUCAAGUCAAUCGAAACUUUAUCUCAUGUCCUGUUUACAAUUAGCAAGUAAAAUGGAUUCACAUUCUAAAAACUUGAGAAUAUCGCAAGUGCUUAAUCUUUUACGGUGGAUAGAUAAAAAAUCUGAAUAUACACACAGUGCAAUUUUCUCAUCUGAGUACAAAGUAUUUAAAACUGUUGGAUUUAGAAUGCCAUUUUGCACUCCAUUAAAUUGUAUAGAGGUGCUUUUAGCUGCAACAGGACUUAAGGACACACCAAACAUGCAAGAACUUACUAUAAAUUUAUUGGAUUUAGUUUAUUUGCAGCGGGAGAAGGUGUAUUCCAAUUUGCAGUGUUUAAUCCAAGGACAUGUUGCAAGAACUCAAGAGGAAAAGAGAAGCUUGAUGACAUUAGAAUCAAACGUAUUAUUUCUAGGAGCCUCUGUUGUUCUUUGUGGGACAUUCUUUUUCUGCAUAGACAGUGAAACAGCAAAAGUUAUUGCCUUGAAAUUAUCACAAUUAAUAGAUAUAAAAUUUAAUGAUAUUUGGAAUAUGGCUAAUAUACUUCUUGUAAUGGCAAUUCAAGAAUAA